GUAUUUUAGUUGAACAAUCACAUUAUACUAACAAAAAACCCUUGUUCAAUCCACACAAAAAAAUGUUUUCACUUUAUCGACUUGUUUAAAAACCAAUUUCAACAACGUUCGGCAUUUCCAAAAUGAUGACUCGCUGACAAAACACCAGAAAAUGUGUAGAAUGGGGAAUAUUAUGUUUUCUCACGCGACGGUUAUUAGCGUUUAGGAGAAAAUCGUUUAAGACGUCUACAAAUCGCCAUUUUCUCAAGUGCGAAUCGUGCAAAUAUUGGAUGACAAAGUUUGUGAAUUUUCCGAAGGAAAAUCGUUUUAAUUAUCGUGCGUUUUUAUUCUGAUUUCCAGUCAGUUAUCACAAUCUGAGUGAACUUUCGGUGGAAAUGUUUUAGUCAUUGGUAAACUCGACAUUGCCAAUUUAUUGAUUGCUAAACAAAAUUUAACUUUUAAUUAAACACCAUCCAAAUUUUACACAAUUUUCUUUUAAUGAAAACUGAAUGGAUGGAUCGCUCAUAAUGUGAUGAAAGAUAAUUUUAAUUUGAUGAUUAUCGAUCUGAGCCGUUCCGAUUGGAAUUAUCAAGUGAAUUGGUGUUGAAAUUCUUCCGUAAAAAUGAAUCUUUAUUGAUUUUGCGAACGGAGAUGUUUUCAGUUUAUGAAAAGGGUGGUGCUUGGUGCUUCAUAAAUAUCGUAUUACUGUAAAUUAACAUUGCUCCGGCUACAAUAAUGUCCCGAAUGGCUGCUAUCAAUUGAAAAAUAUAUUUAAUUCGUUUCGAUUUUAUCAACCAUAAGCUUUACGAAAACGUUCAUUUAUUAAUCCGAAAAACAUGUUGUAAUUCAACUAGGAACAUUUUAUGAGCGAAAACGUUUUUUUUUUGCAUGAUCGUUAAUUGUGACAUAAAAUCGUGUUUCAUAUUUUUAUGGAUUUGGUGUACAUUUCAACGAUGGAAUAUUGUGCAAAAUGGUCAAUGUACCAUUGAUUCAUGGAAAUGCACCCACACUUAGUAAGGUAAUGGGCCGCCUUGCAUCCACAAUCGUUCACCGACGACGAUUCUUGAUAGUUAGUGCUGUUUUGUGUUGCGUUGCUCAAUGUUCAUCGGAACCAUGUGAACCGCGGAUUUUGGAGGAGGUUCCACCGGAUCCGUAUUACGAUGCCUCAGAAAUAACAGUUAGUUCUGCCAAAGAACUUGCGGACUACCUAGGGAAGAAGUCAUCUGACACUCUGACCGCAGAAAUUCGACAAAAAGCAAAUGAAAUUGCUGUGAACGCCCUGAAUCAAGAUGGAGGGCUACUGGCGGUUGCCAUCGCUGCUCCCGCGAUUAAAUUGGCGGUUGUCCAAUUUCGGGAUCACGUUGAAAAUGCUACGAAUCACAGCUACUUGAGCACUUAUUGGCGUGAAUUAGGCGAAGCCUGGAAUCACACGGACGGAUCACAGUUUUGGAACGCGCCAUUUCGUGAUUGUGGUGCAUUACAAGGCAGAUGGUUGUGGCCAUUCAGUGCUACGGUCCAAUCAUCCGGAUAUAAGACGGUGGCGUCUUCCUUCAUUGCAGCGGAUGAAGAUCAGUGUAACGAUUUCCUGGAGCCGAUAUUCGGAAAGAGACACAGCUGCGAUCUGGUAACAACAUUUUGCUUUCAAUCGAUAUCGAAUGGUUCAGCCAACACACGCGGAGCCUACACAUGCAUCUGUAACUUUGGCUAUUACGUUCCGAAUCAAACACUUCAAGGUUUUGAAGGUCAUGCGAUUGAAGCGGGAAACGGAAAUUUUUCGUGUCUUCGUUGCCCUGGUGGCUGUCCGAGCUGUGAUAAGAAUGGUGUUUGUAAUACAGAAGAGACAUAUGAGACUGGGACGAUGGAGCUGCUGCUGAAAGCGUCUAUAGGAGCGGUUUUGGGUGCAUGCAUUCUGUGUUGUAUGGUUUUAGCCGUCAUUGUGUUCAGGCAACGGAAGUGCAAAACGAUUGCCAGCGGAAUGUGGACAGUACUGGAAAUCAUCUUGCUGGGUGUUAUACUGUCCUAUGGAGCCGUGGUACUCCAUUUCUUUCCGGCGUCAACCAUUCGCUGUUUGCUGGAGCCGUGGUUCCGUGAGGUUGGCUUUAUAAUAUGCUACGGAGCCAUCAUUCUGAAAUUGUAUCGACAUUUGGUCGACUUCCGGACGAGAAAAGCUCACCGCUGGGUGUUGAGAGAUGUGGAUCUGCUGAAAUAUCUGGGAACAAUGAUAUUCGCAGUCGUUUGCUAUAUGUCGGCGUUCACGGCUUCUUCGUUUGAUUUAAUGAUAAGCGCUGACCUGGACGGUUUGCAGGAAACGAAUACGAAUACUUGUCAUCCGUUCACCUGGGAAUAUGUGACACAGGCCAGCGAAAUUUUAAUUUUGGUUUUUGGAUUGCAUUUGGGCAUUGCCAGCCGAAAUGCGAACACACAGUUCAGGGAAAGACAAUUCCUUGUCGCUUCUUUGCUGAUCGAGCUCUUGGUGUCAACAAGUUUUUAUAUUUUACGAAUAGUAUACAUGGCCGAACUGAGUCCUGGCGAAAUAUUCUUGGCACUGUUCUUGCGGUCACAACUUACGAACACCGUAACCGUUGCUCUGAUAUUUCUGCCCAAAUUGUGGUAUCAACAUAAACAGGUACGUUCUCUUGCACAUGAUCUUUCUUGCCGUUUACCUGUGGAUGCUUUCAAGGGUAUGCACGAGACAUCACAUCAGAUGGGCGGCUAUGCUGGCUUAUGCCUCGGCGAUCCGGAUAUCGGUGAAUUAACCAUAUCCGACAUGAGUUCAGAGGACAUUCGAGCUGAACUUAAAAGAUUAUAUACGCAGCUAGAAAUUCUCAAAAAUAAAACCUUGCGAUUGGACAAUCCUCACAUAAGUAAACGACGAGGUGGACGAAAGGCGGCGCAUCGCAGAUUCUCACUUCAGAAAAAGGGAAGCAAAGAUAAGGCAUCAAAAAACCGAAAUCAUCGCAAUAACAUUCAGGACGUGGAAGUGACUGAGGCCGAACCGUCACGUACGCCUGAAGAUUCAGUGUGCAGCGUUGAAGCUCAAACGGACACGGGUGGAGAAAUUUCCAACAUUACUAUAACUAAGUGAAACAGCAAACAAACAAAAAACUGUACAACACCUUUCUAGUAGCAGAUACUCGCCAACCGGCAUGACCCUUCGUAUAAACGGAUUAAUUUAGACAC